GUUUAUAAGCGGAACUGUAUUCAGGGGAACACAUUAGGACGUCGGACCAAUGGGUACCCAAGCACACACUGCUUUAGGGAUUCUACAAUGGACAUGGAGAACCUGCUUACCAAAAUGUGUCCCUGUGAAAGAAUUGCCCAAGGUGCCAUUAAUUCUCCUUCACCGACCACUCUGUUCGUCACAGCUGGUUCCACCCCUGUCCACACCUGCUCAGAGUGUCCAGCGUGGCAGGAGAGAGCUAACCGUGCAGUCUUUGACUGAAAUGGGUUUCUCAGAGAGCCAGGCUGAGAUGGUGUAUGAAGCAGCAGAUAAAAACCGCUGCAAGCAUGACACGCCAGUGUUGACCGUGCUCUUCGGCCUCGGCUUAAACCCAGGCAGCGUGCUGAAGGUCCUGGAGAAAUGUCCUGAGCUGUAUUCACUUAAAGAAACCCAGCUACAGCAGCGAGUUAUGAAUCUAAGGAAACUUGGCCUGCUUGAAGGCAGUUUGCAGAGGGUGAUAAGCCACCACCCUCAGAUCCUGUCGUUUCCAGUGAAGAGGGUGAGCGCUGUGUCUCGGGUCCUCAGAGAGAAGUGCCAGUUCACCGCUCAGCAGAUGGCAGACAUCCUCCGAGACUCGCCGCAUGUAGUGGAGGAAGAGCCUGCACAUCUGGAGUACAUGUUUCAGUAUGUAUAUUUCCGUAUGGGCUGUAGCCAGGCUGAGAUGGUGAAGGCGAAGCUCUUCAGAGUCUCCCUGGAGGAGCUGCGGUGUCGUCACGGCUUCCUGGAGCGCCGUGGUCUGUACCAAACCCCUGACAAGAAGGGCCAGACGCUUAUACUCAACCCGCGCCUCAAAGACUUUCUCAGCGUCUCGGAGGACAUUUUUCUCACCUCUGUUGCCAAUGCCACCCAGGAAGAGUUUAAUGUGUUCCGGAAACUUGUGGCACGAGAGCAGCAGGAAGAGGAGCAAGGUGAAGAGUACAGCAGUGGUGACGACAACGACGAUGACGAUGAUGUCACAGAGACACACGUUUCCUUCAAGAAGAAACCAAAUCAGAGAGCCAAGAUGCCAGAAAGACACUGAUCUCAAACGUAGCUUCACAUUUUCUCUGUUUCUAUGUAGUACGCCGUAUCGAUAUCAAAAUAAAUCUCGUUUUAUUGUCUUCUUGCAUUUUA